GGGGCAAUUUCUGAGAUAAAUGAACUUGGAGAUUGGCGUUCCUGUUACGGUUCUUCGGAUGUUUGAAAAGUUCUUGUUUUGCUUCAAGCAAAAGGCUGGCGCUGUUUUAAUGGCCUACACAUCGAUGGUGUCUGGGAUUAUUGGAAUGGUGUAUUUUCUGGCCAAAAUGCAUCUGGAUUAUACGGAAGCUGAUAGCCAUUUUCUGGUAAUAUCGGUGUUUCAUGUGUUAGUCAGUGCGAUUUUGAUAGCGGCCGUUGUCUGGGAAAAACCCCUACUAGUGCUAGUUUAUGAGUUUUUGCAUCUUUCCGUGUUGGUUUGCUUGCUAUUUUAUGCAAUCGUCUACAAUCAGCACUGUGCGAGUUUUUGGGUCAUAUUGGGGAGUUGUAUCGCUGUAGCUGUUUACUGGAUGUCCUGCAUUCACAUGUACCAAAGGCAGCUGAGACUGAAGCUGAAAAGCCACCUAGAUUACAUUAAUGGUGACGCCUACAGUUUGUGUAGUAAAUUUUAUGAAAAUAAACAUUUUCCUGGUUUUUCGUUUGUUUAUCUACCUUGCCUGCAUCAAUGGUGCUCUUGAAUUAAACACUCACACGUUUAAUGCAUUUAAAUACUCAUUUAUUAGUUGAAAUCAGCAGGUUUGACAUGUUUGUCCUAAUCUACUAAGGAUUGUGGUUGUU